CGCUGGAACGUCGGCUGGAACGAAUCCGUCGCCGCGUAGAGUGCCCGGCACACGAUGAUAGGCCGGCCGGUGAACGGGAGCACAGAUAACACACCAUGCCGCGUAUGAUAUGCCUUGCCUGUCGGGCAGGUCUCGCUGCUACCUACGCCCCGCGAGUCGGCUCGGCACGACUUCGCCAAUACUCCCCCAUAUCUCCAUCCUCGGUGCGCUUCUUUCAGUCGUACCGAAACGACCCGCCGAAUAGCCACCUUGACGAGACGAAGAAACCCGGCCAUGGAUCUAAGAGACAACCCCAUACCCCAUCGAUGAUGGGUUCCCCCAAGAAACCGUCGGCCGACCCUCUCGCGACGACGGAGAAGACAGCGCAGGAGCAGCGCACAGCUGACUGGGCAAUCAUGAAAGAGAUGUCGAGAUACCUAUGGCCCAAGGACAACCUCAACACCAAGCUCCGUGUCGGUCUCGCUGUGUCGUUGCUAGUGGGCGCGAAAGUGCUCAACGUACAGGUGCCGUUCUACUUCAAGAACAUCGUCGAUGCCAUGAACAUCGACGUUUCCGGCACCGGAGCCACCGCUGCCACGAUCGCGGGGACCAUGGUCCUGGCCUACGGCGCCACCCGUAUCGGCGCCACCGUCUUCCAAGAACUCCGCAAUGCCGUCUUCGCCUCCGUCGCGCAAAAGGCCAUCCGGAACGUCGCCCGGAACGUCUUCGACCACCUCCUCCGCCUCGACCUCAGCUUCCACCUCUCCAAGCAGACGGGCGGCCUGACCCGAGCCAUCGACCGCGGUACCAAGGGGAUCAGCUUCCUCCUGACGAGCAUGGUCUUCCACAUCUUCCCCACCGCCUUGGAGAUCUCCAUGGUCUGCGGCAUCCUGACCUGGCAGUACGGCGCCAAGUUCGCCGCCAUCACCGCCGUCACCAUGGCUGCCUACACGGCCUUCACCAUCUGGACGACCUCCUGGCGGACCAAGUUCAGGCGCCAGGCCAACGCCGCCGACAACAAGGCGUCGACCGUCGCCGUCGACUCGCUGAUCAACUACGAGGCCGUCAAGUACUUCAACAACGAGAAGUUCGAGAUCUCCCGCUAUGACUCCGCCCUGCUGGCCUACGAGAAGAGCUCCAUCAAGGUCGCCACCUCCCUGGCCUUCCUGAACAGCGGUCAGAGCAUCAUCUUCUCUUCGGCGCUGACCGCCAUGAUGUACCUGGCCGCAGACGGAGUCGCCAAGGGCACGUUGACCGUGGGCGAUCUUGUCAUGGUCAACCAGCUCGUCUUCCAGCUCUCCGUGCCCCUCAACUUCCUGGGCUCCGUCUACCGGGAGCUGAGACAAUCCCUGCUCGACAUGGAGACGCUCUUCAACCUGCAAAAGGUCAACGUCACCAUCAAAGACGACCCCAGCGCCCAACCCCUCGUCCUCUCCAAGGGCGGCGAGAUCAAAUUCGAAAACGUGACCUUCGGCUACCAUCCCGACCGGCCCAUCCUGCGCAAUCUGUGCCUCACCAUCCCCGCCGGGAAGAAGGUCGCCGUCGUCGGCCCCAGCGGCUGCGGCAAGUCCACCCUCCUCCGGCUCCUCUUCCGCUACUACGACGCCCAGUCGGGCCGCAUCAGCAUCGACGGCCAGGACAUCAAGUCCGUGAAGCUCGACUCCCUCCGCGAGUCCAUCGGCGUCGUGCCCCAGGACACGCCGCUCUUCAACGACACCAUCGAGCACAACAUCCGGUACGGGAACCUGUCGGCGCCCAAGGACCGCGUCAUCGCGGCCGCCCAACGCGCCCACAUCCACGAGAUCGUCCAGAGCUUCCCCGACGGCUACCAGACCAAGGUGGGCGAGCGGGGCUUGAUGAUCUCGGGCGGCGAGAAGCAGCGGCUGGCCGUUAGCAGGCUGCUGCUCAAGGACCCUCCCCUCCUCUUCUUCGACGAGGCGACGAGUGCCCUGGAUACCCAUACCGAGCAGGCCCUGAUGGCCAACAUUAACAGCAUUCUCCGGGAGAAGGCAAGGACUAGCGUCUUUGUCGCACAUAGGCUGCGGACCAUCUUUGACGCGGACCUCAUUAUUGUGCUGAAGGAGGGGGCGGUGGCCGAGAUGGGCACGCAUCGAGAGCUUAUUGAUAGGGGAGGCCCCUAUGCCGAGCUCUGGAGUGCCCAGGAAACAUUGUUUAACCACGAGGGCGAGGAGGUAAAGGAGGAGAUUGAGGAGGAGGAGGAGGAGGCCGAGGAAAGAUCCAGAGGCCCCCCCGAAAAGCCAUGAUAUAGCCGCUCGCAUGGAUUGAGCAAGGCUUAUAGUGAUCAAAUGUUCCUGGAUACAGGUUUACAGGGGGGGCAAUAUUUAAGGUACGCACAGAUAACUGUCGAGUCCACCAUAGAAUACCUAUUACUUGCAUCGAUCGUCGGAUCACCAUCUGCUUUAUAGGCAGUAUAUGACUAUGUGACUUCUUUGUCGUAGCCUAGUAGAGUUAUAAUAGGG